AUGGCGGUUCCGAAUUGGGAAACCCCUGUCAUCGUCAGUGCGUGCCUCAUUGUGCUCCAUGGUUUUCUUUGGCUAGGUUUCCGCACAAGAAUUGCCUGGAAUCUGUUCGGGCGCACGCAAGUUGACCAAGUCAAGGAUGCAGUCAUCAAGGCAGUCGAAAACAACCUGAUGGCAACAUCGUUUAUCAUGACCACCGUCGUUGGAUUGCUUGUGGACGGUCAUGAGAUUGAAACAGUAGAUGGCAGCUUCGACCCUGAGUUUCGGAAGCACUUGAGGCUGACUUUCGUCACAUUGUGUGUGUGGUGCCUAGGCAUGAGCAUCAGUUGCCUCAUCUACUGCCUCUUGACCAUUCACUACUUCCACCCAUUGAGGGGAGAUGUGCCAAGUGUCGCUUUCCUUGUGUGGAAUCUCCGGACGAUUGGCACCAUGUUCGUGCUGAUGAUCGAGUCUUACUUCAUAUUUGCCCUUGCAGUGGGAGCGUGGGUGCUGGGCACUUACGCCUGGGCUGGAGGAAUUAUGUACUUGAUCAUACUUGCUCUUUUUACUGGCAUGGUGCUGUUUGUGUGGCUGGGUCUGGGCAGGAUGCAUCCAGACUCAGAGAUAUUCCGCGAGCUGCGAGAUACAAUUGAUGACAUCGUCUGGGAGGUAGAUGAGCCAAUCAGCCAUCUUUACGAGGCGAGGGAUGAGGCAAGCAAGCCAAUCAGCCAGCCGACGGAGUCCAAGUUAGCCCGAAUGACACUCGGGCAGCUAGGAAGCGAACUGGAUAAGAGGCAGGCAGUCGCAGCCAAGAAGAAGGUGCAUGUCGCCUUCGGUGGCUCAGGAGGCCCGCCUUCGUGA